AUGUCGAUCAAAGUGAUUGUCUGUUUUUUAAUAGUCCUGUUGCCAUUAGCAAGCUUAUACGCGACAUCAAAUCGUAAUCUUACACUAAAACUUCAUCAAGCCAUUGAACAACAUAAUGCAUCGGAAAUUGCCAAGCUGUUGAGAGAAGGAGCAGAUUUUACGGAAUAUAUUCAAUACAGGUUUCUUAGACAAAAUAGUUUUGAUGUAGCCCGAUACUAUCGCUAUGAAGAUGAAUACAAUCAAAUCGUAAAGAAUUGGUUGACUGAAAUUGCAAAGAAUGGAAAUCCUUCUACAUCGCCUUACAGUGUUGUGAUCUGGUUUGUCUUGUACGGAUAUUUCAUGUUUUUCUGCCUUUCCGUUUGUAUUGCCAUUGGGUGCUUUCAAUCCUUGAGAACAUUUUGUUGCGCUUCAGGAAGGUCAAGAUCAAGUCGUAACAACAACAACACGACGAGAAAUGGACAAGAUCAAGACAUUCACAACACUUGUUCACAAAUAACCUCUCAGAAGGUUUCUACAACGUCUUCCUCAUCAAACAACACAAAUGGACGCAGGGAGGAAGAUGACUUGUGUUGUAUUUGUUUUGAAAGAAGGAAAGACACUGCUUUGGAAUGUGGACAUGUGUUUUGUGGACAGUGUGCCAGUAAAUGCACCUCUUACUGUUUUACAUGUAGAAAAAGACACUCAGGAAGAACUAUCAAGUUAUAUUAUUGA